AUGGGUCGACCACUGCCCCAGGGCACCCCUCCAGCUCCCGGCGCCCCAGGCCCCCAGCAUGCUUCCUCCAGCGACGAGGAGGGGGAGUCUGACGAGGGGUGGCAGGUGUACUCCGGCUCAGAGACGGAGGAUGAGACCGACAACGAAGGGGCUGAGGGGGCGACCGAGCGGCAGCAGCUGUCUGACGCCAUCAACCGUGGGGACGCCGCCGCCCUCCUGGCCCUGCUGGAGGACGAGGCGGUGGCCGCCUGCCUGAACGACCCGAACCGGGAAGGGGACACCCCCCUCCACCUGGCCUCCCUGUACGGACAGGCAGAGUGCGUGCGGGUGCUGCUGGAGGCCGGGGCCGACGCCGGAGUGCGGGACCCGGAUGCCUCCACCCCGCUGCAUGACGCCGCUGCGGGCGGGUACACCGAGGUCGUCCGCCUGCUGCUGGCCUCGGACCCCUGCCUGGCCGCGAGCCGGGACGACGACGGCGACACGCCGCUGCACAACGCGGCGCGCGGCUCCCACGCCGCCUGCGCCGAGCUGCUGCUGGGGGCGGGGGCCGACCCCCGCGCCACCAACCAUGCGCUGGAGACCCCCGUGCAGAUGACGGAGGAGGGCACCCUGUGUCGCGAGGUCCUCGUGGCCGCAGAGGAGGGCCUGCAGGCCGGCGGUGCCCCGACCACCGCGUGA